AGUUGUUUUCUCCAAAAAUCGUCCACUUCACGCGGCAUUAAAAUCGCGGAACGAUAAGCGUUACGUUUAAUAUCCCGUUCGCGAAUCACGGCUCGAAUCGGUACAUUAAAAAGUCGCCAUCCGUAACGAGAGUUUGUAGUUUGGACACCUCCGAGCGUUGUACCACCAGGAUCGUUGUUUGCCUCUUUACUUAAAACAAUUCCACUGUUUGCUUCACAAAAGGAGUGUUAAGUAUUCUUUACGGAGAAGUGUGUUGGUAAAAAAAUUUUCCGUAAUUGCGAAGCGUUUUAUUUAUAAAAAUUGGUAACCGAGGGAGCGUAAAUAAAAAUGGUUUCAGAGAGAAUAGAGUUAAUAAGGUAAAAAUCAAAGAAAAGUGUCGUUAUCGCUGAUAAGGAGGCGGGGGGAGAAACAAUCGGUAUUAAUGGGAGACGCGUUCCGCGUGACGCAGUCAGUCCAUUUCCUCGCAAAUGAAAAGAGCAAACGUUAUUGUUAGUGGCUGAUAAGUGGAGACCGCUGGCCAGGUAUCGUCUGGCCUCGUAUAAGACAACCUGCAUCAUUGCUUCCAGAUCAGUAGAUCCUCCACCAUCAAACUCCGAACAUCUAAUCAUCAUAGUCAACAGCGAAGUGUGCAUAGGUAGGACAGCGUGACGAAAUUAGACGAGACUGGCAAACUCUAAGAAGGAUUCGAUUAUUCGGAAGAGAGUACUUAACAGCUUCAGAAGAGCCCAAUUUGAUAAGAAUCUGUGACUAAUGGGAUCGAUAAGUCGGUCGAUUUCUUAAGAAGAGAAGUCUAACAGUAUAAAAGGAGUGACUGGUCAGUGAGUUUUGUCAGCCGUGUUCGCGUCUGCAGCGAAGAAAUUCAGAAAUAAUCUCUCUUUGGCCCGGUUACCGCAACGACAGAUUGAAAACAAUAAGUGAAAGGGACGAUAAUUAUUUAAUUAUAAUUAUUGCACGAUUAUCGAAUAUCAAGAGAUAAGGGGAAAAAUAAUUGAAUUAUUUGUUUAAAAAUAUUAAUCGUCUACAGUGCAAUAAUAUCUCUCGAUUAUCAGCAUUGUUAUCAGCAAUCGUGAAAAAAUCUCAAGAUGGAUUAUUUAUCAAUUACGUAACUGCUGGGAAAAAUUGUUCCAUUGAAUAUUUUUCGAUUUUCUCAAGUGCAUCGACAGGCGCGUUAUAGAAAUUCCUUCGUGAUAAAUUGCACGGUUAUCUGCAAUCUUAAGAACGUGCAAUAAGGAGAGGUGUUUGCUCGAUAAAACUGGGAAAAAAAAGUCCUUUGGACACUUAUCCUUUCCCGAUAAGAAACGAGAACUUGUGACUGCAUCGGUUAAAGCCUUUGGCAAACACUUGAGUGACUGACAACAAAAAUACGUCAUUUGAGCUUUGAACGAAAGAUGUGGAGGAACGCGUGAGGCUGAACGAAAACCGAACUCGUGAUUAAGAGGGAAUUUUUAGAGAAAGAAGAUGGAAAAUACAAUGAAUGGAAACGAGUCAAAGAGUCCUAUUUCGAGCGUGAAGUCGUCUUCGCCAGAUGGGGACGAGAAACAAAUUCUGUUGUCGAAUAAAACCGCGCCGGUUAUAGUUAAAGUGAUCAGGAGCUCGUCGUCCAGAAGCAGGAGCCGGUUCAGAGCGGGGCCAACGCGGAAGCUUCGCCGCCGCGCGGUCCUGAAGAACGGCGAUUGCAACGUUCUCCAAUCGCGCAUCUCGAAGCGUUCCUGGCGUUUCAUCAAGGACAUCUUCACGACCCUAGUGGACGCGCAGUGGCGUUGGACGCUGCUCUGCUUCAGCCUGAGCUUCAUGCUCUCGUGGCUGGGGUUCGCGGUGAUCUGGUGGCUGAUCGCGUUCACCCACGGUGACUUCGAGGAGGCUCACCUGCCGCCGUUCCAAACCGAGAACAACUGGACGCCGUGCGUCUACAACAUCUUCUCGUUCACCAGCUGCUUCCUGUUCAGCAUCGAGACGCAGCACACGAUCGGCUACGGUAGCCGGUCGACCACCGAAGAAUGCCCCGAGGCGAUCUUCGUCAUGUGCGUGCAGAGCAUCGCCGGAGUGAUGAUACAGGCGUUCAUGGUCGGGAUAGUAUUCGCGAAGAUGAGCAGACCGAAGAAACGUACGCAGACGUUGCUGUUCUCGACGAACGCGGUGAUCUGCCAAAGAGACGGCGAGCUCUGUUUGAUGUUCCGCGUGGGCGACAUGAGGAAGAGCCACAUAAUCGGUGCCGCGGUACGAGCGCAGCUGAUUCGCUCGAGGACUACCAAAGAGGGCGAGGUUCUGUCGCAGAAUCAGUUGGAACUGUCUGUGGGUACCGAUGGCCAGAACGGGAAUCUGUUUUUCAUCUGGCCGACCACCAUCGUGCACAAGAUCAACGCUGAAUCACCGUUUUAUAAUAUGUCAGCCGAAGACAUGCUCACGCAGAGGUUCGAGGUGGUGGCCAUUCUCGAGGGUACCAUCGAGUCCACGGGACAGACCACUCAGGCCAGGUCUAGCUACCUGCCGCAGGAGAUUCUAUGGGGGCAUAGGUUCGAGCCGAUGGUCAUGUACUCGAAGGAGAGGCAGGGUUACGAGGUGGAUUACUCGUUGUUCAACAGCACCACACAGGUCGACACGCCUCUGUGCUCGGGCAGGGAGCUCGCUGAGUUUUACAAAGUACAAGAAGAACUCCGUCAUGGAAACGGUGUGAUAGUGGACGAGGACUUUCUGUCGGAGUCUUGUCAGGACACCCAUUACCACUACGGUCAUCGGCCACUGAUAGUGACCAAUCAUCAACCGGGUCAUCAUCCACUGAUUAACUACACGGACAGCGGGAGAAGCGAGACGAGCGCAGACGAGGCGAGUCCUUGUCGCAACGCCUGUAGGGACUCGAGCUGCCACGGGCCUCCGAUACCGAACCGGGACCACGAUCGUGGUCAAUACAAAAUAUUCGAUUUGGACCCAGACGGUAUCCAAGUGAUGGGUGAGACAGAACUGCAGCAUCUGCCGGAGGCAGUGAACAAGGAGAUCCUGCGAAAUAGUCGGGAGAUCAUCUUCGAGGAGCCGGAAGCGUCGAGAGAAGGAAGCCCGCUGUUAUUAAAAUCGAACAGUAAAAGAAAUAUACUGAGACACCCGCUUCUAGACGAGGAGAGGAAAUCUCUGAACAGUUCGAAGAGGAAUUUGUAUCACAAGAACAUACUGAGAAGUUUCGAGGAAGAUAAAAGAUCUCUGGAUGGAUCCAGGAGGAAUCUAAACGGGUCCAGGAGGUAUUUAUUGAUACCCUUGGAUGACAAGAAGGCGGAGAUCGGUAACAGGGAGAGUUUCAGACGACACACGGGCAGUAGAGAAAGACUGAACGCCAUUAGAAGGAACAUCAGUGCAAAGGGGUCAAGGGAGAUCGAGCACGACGCCAGAGGAAGAGUGAACUCGACUGACGACAGGCUGAUGAUCGAGAUGGAAAAAUCUGUUAAAUCUCCGCGACAGCAAGAGAUUAUAGCCGAGAGCAAUAGAACAUCGAUAUCGGACCCUAAUUUGUCUCCGAACGCGUACAUCCCUCCGUUGAAGAACCAUGAGUCUCCGCUUAUAGCGUUACCGAUCUCUCCAAUGUCCGACGCCUCGCCAGAGUCUGGUUUUUACGAAGGGACCCAGUGGAGUUCCAGUCCGGAAUACAUUAGAAAGGAUCUACAGCUCCCGCACGAGUCUACGAUCACGCGGAACAGAAGAAGCUACGAGAAUGCUCAACUACAGGACGUGAACGAGGUCCUGUCUAGGCCCAACAGUGAUAACAGCUCGCUGGACAGCGAGGGAUCCACCAAGAAUAUGGCGAACGACGGUGGUCCGCGUACAUACGAAAAGAAGCAGGCGAUUUCCUAUACGAGCGUUUGAGGAAAGUGUGCCUUUCUCCUUUAGAAACGGUUCUCGAGUGCCAGUGCCAGAACUGAUGUUUGGCAACCGCACCCGAUUCUCAACUGAUCAGUGAUUUUCUAUUAUCAAAAAUCGUUCUUCAAAUACUGAUUCCUCUGUUCCAUUCAUUUACAUCAGGUUCAGUUCUACGAAUCAUUCGAUCGGUUUUACUCGAGCGCGUACGAGAACAAACGUGAUAGAGAAGAAGUGGACAUGCGAACGAAGGUACGCAAUUAUUAUCGAAUUCGUGAUAUUAAACCGCGGGCCGGUUGUACACGUAAUUUAGUGAAACGAAUCUGUCGGGAAGGAACAUGACCAUGAAAGAUUCCCGGACGAUUUCACGAAGGGAGCACGCAACGCUUAGACACUACGAAACUUUUCUAGUUAAAUUGUAUCCAAUCAACGAAUCGCGCGAUCGUUAAAUAAUAAUUGAAUCGAGACCUCGGUAGUAGACUAAGCGAGCGAAGUCUCUAGGUUCGUUAGAUUUAGACUUAUGACAAGGAUAGACGAUCGAGGGAUAUAUUUUUGCAAUUUAGAACGUACAAACGGUAGGUUGUUAAGUUGACGACGAUCGACUCAAGUCCUCGAGCUAAUUACUAUUUCUACGUUUAACGAGACGAGAAAGUAACUCGAACUUUCCACACGCCAUUUAUUAAUAUAUUUAGAUAUCGUGUUAACUGAAACGUCGACAAUAAGCGAGAUAAAUCGUAUCAGUAGGAAAAGUACACGUCGUAUUUAGCGGUUCAACUGGAUAAGAAUGUACGCAAAGUGCCUUAUUAACUCUAUCGUCGCGAGAACAAAAGUGAUACAGUGUUUCCAUCAUCGGGAUACAAUUAGCGUUUGUUAAUAUUUAUUGCUUCCACGUAUUUUAAGCGCUAGCUCGACGUUUGUAUGCAGUGUGGUUCGUCUGGUAUCACCACCUCGAUUUUCGUCGUUAUUAUUAUACAUAGCAGAGAAUGUUUAUAUAUAAUGUUGAAUGGUUUCGAGAGAGAGUGUAAUAAUAACGAUAAAAAUCGGAAUAAAAUAGUAUUCUCUCGUGAACCGCUCUGUAUAUUAAAAACGUUCCCAGUAAGAAAUUUAAAUAAACAAAUCCAUAGAGAGAACUUAUAAAAAUAAUUUGUAUAAGAAUAGCAGAGUAAUUUUGCUUAAACAUUUAAAUUCAGAAAUCUCUUAUGUUUAUAAUAAUAUAUUUGAGAAAACUGGUGUAAAGUUUUCAAUUCUAAAUAUCAUAAUUAAUUACACUAUGUAAUACGAAAUUUAUUUUGCAACAUCCACUAUGUGAUUCUUAUAGAGUUUCUCAUACAUGUAAUCGUAAACAUCAUCAACUGUAAAAAUGCAUGACUAUCAAGAAAAGUGAAAUAUUACAUGUUUCUGUAAAUGGUUUCUUACUUAGAAACGACUGUGCUCGUUUUUGGCAUAGGAAAUUCUAUAAGAAUUAUGUUUUGUGUUGUAUUGAGAUGUUAUUUAAGGAGCACCAAAAGUAAAGACUGAUCGAAUUGUUCAAACAAACAUGAGGAACAAAUUGAAUAAAUGAUAAAUGAAUAUAAAUUGCCAAAUUGUUCUGAUUAAAAUAAAUAGGAAGCAGAUGUUCUCUUUAUGCAUUUUUUUAAUCGAAUGAGUAAAAGACACUAUGAAGAGAGUGAAUGUAUGAAAUCGACUCGAUUUCGAUCAUCCAUGAGGUGAGCCGAAUGAAAUUGUUCUGAUAUUAUCUAAGCGGAGGGGAACCUCGGUACGAACAACGUGAUAUGGUAGCUCUGAGUGUUCUUCAGAGAUAUGGAUACCUGCCAUCGUGACUUCUAGCGUAAUUUGUGAAAACAUUAUUUGUAAUAAAGACCAUUUGAAACCUA